AAUCCAAAUAAGAGAAAAGGGUUGGAGGAGAAGAGGAGAGAAGAGAAGAUAAGGGAUAAAAAAGCAGCAUGAAUGAAUGAGAUAAGAAGCAAGGAAGCAACGUGACCAACGAAUCACAGUGACAUGAUGGCCCUUUGUUCCUCACUCUCACUUUCAUCUCUUCCUCCAUUCUCCAACCUCACUUCUUCUAAGUCCUCAUCUCCCAACUUGCAAGCCAUCUUCACAAAGAGCUCUUCAAGAAGAAGAAGAACAACUUUCUUGUUGAAUGCUGGUUUUGCUGAGAUUGAACCUGACCUCAAUGAAGACCCUAUAGACCAAUUCCGCACUAAUGGCAUCAGCCCUGAAGAGUUCCAAUAUGGAAUCUAUGAUGACCACCACACUUUCUAUGAAGGAGAAGCAGAACUCAAAGGAGUAUUUUGGAGUGCCAUUGCUGAAGAGAUUGCAGCAGCAGAACCCCCCACAGGAUUCCAAGGGCUUAUUUCAUGGCUGUUCCCACCAGCUAUUGCUGCCGGAUUCUUCUUCAAUGUUCCGGGGGAGUACUUAUACAUAGGAGCAGGUAUAUUUACAAUCAUAUUCUGCAUAAUCGAGAUGGAUAAGCCGGAUAAGCCUCACCACUUUGAACCUCAGAUAUAUAAUAUGGAGAGGGGAGCUAGAGAUAAGUUGAUCAAUGACUAUAACACCAUGGACAUUUGGGAUUUCAAUGAGAAAUAUGGAGAUCUUUGGGAUUUUACUAUCAAAAAGGAUGAUACAGGAAGAUAGAGAUAACAGAUAAUCAUUCUAAUAUAUUGAGGGUGAGGCUUGCCAACCCUUUUAAUUUUGUUCUUCUCUCUUCACUAUUUUAUUUAAUCAAUAGGUUUGAUUAUGUAUAUAUAUUCCUUAUUGUUAUCUUAUAAAAAAUUUCGUAAAGGUCACUUUGGGUCUUGUAAUUUGUAAUUUGUAAAUAAUGCUUUUAAUAUGAAAUAAAUUCUCAUAGUGGUCUCUGGAUUCACAACUUUUACUAUUUUAGCCUUUUAAAUUCAAAAAUUGUUAUAUUGAUAUCCAGCUCUAGGUACUAUAUUGGUCUUUAGACUCUUUUCAGUGUUGAGUCAAUGAACAGAAUAUUAAGCUAGUUUUGACUUGUCACACUAAACAUAGGACUAAAUGACAUCAUUUUGUUUUCGCUCUUGAACAAGCAUGCAAAAACGAAAUUAUUUUGGAGAAUGAGAAGGAAAAAAAACGGUUUGUACAUCAUGUAAAUUGUUAUUCGUCUUCUCAAUUUUGUCUUGUUUAACUACCAAAAUGAAACGACGUCGUUUAGUCCUAUGUCAAGCUUGACAAGUUAGAAUCAGCUCAGCAUUUCAUUUGUUGACUCAAUGCUAGAAAGGGUCUAAAAACAAAUAUGAUCCUAGAAUUGGAUCUCGACAACCAAUAUAGUGAAUUUUGAAUUUAUUAAAGGAUUAAAAUGGUGAACACUAUGAAUCUGAAGGACUACUUUGAGAAUUUAAUCUUUAAUAUGUUCAUCAUUUUUCUGUAAGAGAAUGUUUGGUUUGAGUGUGUAAAAGUGGAAUAAAA